AUGAAACCGUCAUUUUAUUUCCCGUCGAAUCAUUUGGAGCAAUACAAUCCGUGGGACCAUGCUGGUCCAGGGUAUGAUUUCGAAGUUGAAUAUGGUAAUGAAGGCGCUGGUUGCGAGCAUGGUUGCCGAACGAGAGAUGAUCACGGCACGCAGGAAUGUCAGCGAGAAUACAUCGACUAUCACCGUUCAAACGGCAGUUGUAGUAGUGAAAGUUGUCAUCGACGUGGUUCUGACGACUGGAGCGACAAUAGCCCUUCUCCUUCCAGCUGCAUCUAUGACCGCUGGAUGGAUGAGGACCAUGAUGACACCAUGAAGAGUAAUUCUGUUUGCGGAUGUCGUGUGUCGAAUUAUAAGAUGGAGCACUACUGUGGAAGCCAUUAUGAAGAAAGCGGAGAUUCGAGCGGUUCUUGGCAUCAUUCACAAGGAAGAUUGACGCGUGAAGAGUGGCGACGUCUUGAGUGGAAGGAGCUCAAGAAGGAGUUACAAAAGGAAAUACGUAACUUCAAAGGACACUAUUGCCGUCAUUGCUCCCAUUGUUCAUCUUCGAAUUAUUCACGUCCUGAUUAUCACCUCCAGUGCUCCACUUCUCAAGAGUUCUGUGGCUCCGAAAGCUCCCUCCCGGACUGGAAAAAAAGUGAGAGCUCAUGUUCUGGGAUUGAGGAUUGCAGUUUCUCUCCUGAUCACUUGAGCUCCACAAACUCCUCACUACAUUCUAGGGUUCAUCAUGGUCAUGAGAAUGAAUGUAGCGUUGUCGGCAAUCGGAAAAUCGUUCCUGAAAUUCAAACUGGAGGAGAGGAUCAGUGGUAUACACAGGGAGGAACUCAGAAGCUCGACAAAACGUUCGAAAGUGAUUCACAACAAAAAAGCUUCGAACGCACAGAGUACCCAAGUGGAGUUCAAACGGAUGAUAGAAAAGGCUUAAAAACAAGCAGCGGUACUGGGGCGAAAAAAAUAGAGAAGACGAGUAGUUCGGAAAUCACAUCAGGGGGGUGUGCAGCGCAGCGCUCCUCGAGAUUUAGUGGUGGAGAUGUAUGCGAGAUCAUGCUAGCACCGAAAAAAGAGCCAGCAUUUCGAGAAGAAAAACGACAGGUACAACUACUAACGAAUUUCUGGGAGCUCAAAGUUCAGAGCAAAAUAGUUUAUCGCCACGAUGUUGCUGUGUAUCUGGGAAUUCCAGAGAACCAAAGAGCUUUCGAUCUCCUACGUGGCUUUCGUGACGACACUGCGACAGUGGCAAGACGUAAACUCUGCACAGAUGCUGUUCGCUACGCUAUAGGUUAUUACCAUAUCCUCAGUGAAGGUUCAGCCGUAGUUCACGACGGUGGAGGGAUGUUAUUUUCAUCUGAGAAUCUCACACCUGCUUUAAAAGAGUAUGAUGGUGUUCUUCCAAUUACUGUGCAUGAGUUGGAGUAUGAAUACUACCGCUUCAUAAGAGAUGAUGUUAGGAGGCAUAUAAACAAAAUAACCAUUGAGAUUACGCCCUGUCGAGAAGCGGUUUCUUCGUUCGAUAUGGCGAAUUUGUCGUCGCAACAGUUCUACGAACUUGUCACCAAUCAGGAUGCAGUACUCAGUGGUCGGUUUACACCGUUUGGAGCCGGGUCAUUAUUCUAUUGCCGGCCGACUUCUGAACAGAUUGGUUACGGUUAUGAGAGAUUUGCUGGAGCUCGCAAAGGGAUUAAGUUCAUUGAAGGAAAAAAAACAGGUGCCAAUGACGUGGUGGCUGCGCUGCUGCUUGACCAUCGAAUGGGGACUUUCUUCAAGAAACAAGCUGUUGUGACUAGUGUCCGAGAUAUCCAUGGAUUAAGAAACGUUGAGAUGUUCGACUUUUCUAUGAAUGAAAACGGUCGUAUGAAUUCCAAAUGGAGCGAAGUAAACCAGUACAUAAGAGGGGUGCGAAUGAACUAUGAUGGAUUUGGCUCAUCGUUCAGCUUCAUUGCAAGUGGGAUUAGUAAAGAACCUAUUGAGAAUUUGAAGGAUACUCUGACGACUAACACGAAGGCAGAGGUCAGGGUGUUGUCGAAAUUUGCCGGCGCAAAUAUCCGUAUAAAUCCGAAUUGGCCGGCCGUUGUGUUUAGAACACAAACACGUUGUCAUUACUUUCCUAUGGAACUGGUCCAAAUCGCUGCUAAUCAACGGGUACCGUUAGAGAAGCAACUACUGGCAAAUUCGGCAUCUCGCGCAGAUAGGCCCGAGGUUCGGUUGGAAAAGAUCUACUCAGUCUUGGAAGCCCUGAACCUUCAUGAUAGCGGUUGUAAGAAUCAGUUUUUAAGAGCUUUCGGAAUUUCGGUAGCCGCGAGACCUAUGGAAGUACUUGGAUUUAGACGUGAACCACCUGGUGUUCUCUUUGCCGAUCAAAAUGAAUGUGUCAUUGAUGAUUCCAAGUGUAACUGGCGUUCGAAGAGUGAUGCGAAGUUCGUUGAUGGUGGGAAUGUUGACCGUAUCAUUAUUGUUCACAGCGAUGAGACAGCAAGACUUCCUCGCAUUGUUCGAGAUGUUCUGAUUACCAUGUUUCAACUCCGAGGAAUGCGAUGUCGAAUGUUUGAAGCGGCGUUCCUUAGCUGCAGAAACAUAUACGAAAUGGAACACCAAUUGGAACAAGAUAAAAAUUGUCUAUCGUUAAUCAAUCCGCUUGGGAUGGACCACCCGUUCACAUUAAUUGAGAAGUUUACGAACGUGUAA